UGGCUGUGGCGCGGGUGAGGCCGGGCCGUGCCGUAGCAACCGGGCGGUCUCCAGGCUCACAGCGGCACCGAGCGCGGCCGGGCAGGCGGCGGUGAGGCCGCGGCUGGAGGCAGGUUUCAGAAUAAAGCAAAGAGGAGCUGCCAGUCAAGAGAUCUAUCAUGACUGCUGUUCCAUCUAAGAGACUUGCCUGGAGUGACUUAGAUGCCUUUGAUUCAAACCACAGACAAGAUCCUGAAGAUUCCCACGAGGUCCACAAGAAGAAAUCAAAGGAGAAGAAAAGGAGACUGGCAGUUGGUCAGUGGAGAACAGAUGUACAGUCCCUUGUUUCUUCUUCUGAAUGGCUUCAGCGUUAUGGUCUCAAAAGAAACAAAUUGUCCCUGUCUCAGAUUUUGUCCCAGAUUGGAUUCCAGCACAGGAAAGAUUUUGUGACCACCUUGGGGAAACCUGUGGCUUCUCGAUAUGCAGAUGGUCUGUUUCCUCAGUACAAGAGAGCUCAAGAUGGCAGCGUGUAUAAUCUGACAGCCAAAAAAGAACUGAUUCUUCAUUUUGUGGAUUGUCUAAUUGGAGCUAUUGAGCUAUAUAAGCAGCGAAUGGAAUGGUUAACCAGUGAGAGCCGGCAGAUAUUUGGAGUGAUUCAAGAACAGUGCAUUGUCAUUGUGUUGGAUUUUGGCACCGCAGCUCCAACUGAAUUUGAUCUGUGUCGUGAUGCACUUUCUAUGGUGCUUGUGGAGCAGGUGAUACAAAUUUCCAGAUUCAACCUCAUUCGAGCUGCUCAGGAUCUUAUAAAAUGGCAACAGAAAUGUACUCCUGUGUCUGAGCGUACUGUAAAGUCUGCAGUUACAUGGCUCUGGAAGCUGGAGCAUAUGACAGCUGUCAGCCACAGCAGCUCUGCUGAAGCUCUGCUGGAAGCCAUGGGUGAUGAAGCGGUUGAAGCUGUUUAUUACUUUGCUGUGGGGGAUGUUCCAGUGGACACAAAGCAGCUACUCCUUGAGAAGGUUUCAGAUGGUUCCUGUCCAGUCAACACAGUGUCUUUCAAUGCUAGGGAAGAUGAAACUAUUAUUUUUCUGAAGGAGUUGAGCCACUUGGCCUCUGGCAGAUUCCAUGCUUUUGCUGAGAAGAAUAACUGUAGAGAUGCUACUGGACCUGCACUAAAAUAUGAAGAGGAUGGAAAAGGAUUAAUUGCCCUGAACUCUGGAAAAGUGAAAGGGCGAAUGCCACUAGUAGCUGGCGUCAGUGAAGAUGUCUUUUUGAUCUGGAAGGAGCUAGAGGAAGCCAGGAGUACAGUGAGACAAGUUCAGGAAAUAUUAUCAGAAUCUGACCAGUCUGCUUCUCAAGAUGCAAACAAAGGUGGUCAUCCAUUAUCAAAACAUAUAACUGACAAAUAUUUGACUUCUGAGAAGUGGUUGCAGAAGUAUGGCUUAAAAGCUCAGAAGCUCACACUGUAUGAUGCACUUGCUGAUAGUGUUUUUCACCAUGUGGAUGGGCCUGUUGACAUAAAAACUAAACCAGAGGAUGAGUGUUCACAAACUGAUGUUGAGACAAAGAGGAAGAUAAUUCAUGCAAGAUACUGUGACAAGUUUGUACAUACCCUCUGGAAAGAUGGAUCUGUAGUUCAUGUAUAUGUUACUGCAGAAAAGUAUAAGCAGUACAAAGAGAAAAUGAGGACAGCUCUCAGACAAGUGGAAGGAAGGAUUAAGUGGCUUCAACAAGGAAGCAGAGGGCUUUUUGGGAAUGUGUUUGAAGAUGAUGUCUAUAUUCUUAUUGAUACAUCCCAGUCUAUGAACAACAAGCUGCCACUAGUGAAGGAAAAAAUAUUGCAGCUAAUGCAGGAGCAACUGAGACACAAGAAGAGAUUUAACUUUGUGAAAUUUAGUGCCCAAGCAGUGGCAUGGCAAGAGAAACUUGUUGAAGUUAAUGAGGAAAAUUUGCAAGAUGCUUGGCUUUGGAUAAAAGGGCUUGAGGCUGGAAGUUCUACAAAUACACUCAAAGCUCUCCAGAUUGCUCUUGCUGAUACUGACACUCAGGCUAUUUAUCUCUUGACUGAUGGGAGACCUGACCAGCCCCCCCAGAUAAUUUUGGCUGAAGUCCAACUUCACUGUAAAAUUCCCAUCCAUACUGUAUCCUUCAACUGUGAUGAUAUAGAAGCCAAUAAAUUUUUGUUUGAACUAUCUACUAAAACAGAGGGACGGUUUCAUUAUUACAACAUUUGUUUGAGUGAUCCUGAUACUACAGAGUUUAUUGUUAAUAAAGACAUACAUCUUUUGAAAAGAGAAAUUGAUCAAGGAGAGAAAGAUCUAGAGAAAGUGAAGACCUUUCAUGAGAAAAGUCUGAUGAUGAAUUCUUAUAGUGAAGAUUAUCCAGAGAAGAAGCCAUGCUGUGCUUCAGAAGAACCAUCAGUGCCAUCACAUAAGCAAACCAGGCAAAGCACUACUGCCAGUCCAGCCCAAAGAAAGAAAGCAUUAUAUGCAGAUCAAACAAAGACAAGUCUGCUGCAAAUCCUGAAGCGUGGUGUGAAAUUUAGGGAAGAAAGCCCAGAGGAAGGAGUGUCUCCAGAGGAAAAGAGUGUUUCUGUUGAAAAGGGUGUGAAAUGUACGACCAUUUUCAAAGGCAAGUUAACAGAAAAAGAAGCUCCGACUGGGGAUAAUGAUCUGAAAAUGCUGAAUGUGAAAGGGGCAUCUGAAAGCUCUCUAGAUGUCUCUUCAGCUCUUUGGUUAAAGAGCCAUGGCUUGGCUGCUAGGCGACUCACCAUCAUGGAUGCCUUAGCUCCUACAAGUGUCCUUCACAGUACAAAAUACAUCCCAGUUCUGGACAAGCAUGUAGUUUCUAAAGUAUUUGAUAAGAUGUUACCAUUGGCCCAUGUUAGCAGUGACAAGAAGGGGAUUGCACUAAUUAAUCCUUGGGCAAUGAAUCUUGAUGCCUAUAAAAAGAAGCUGGAACAAGCAAUUAAAUCCUAUGAGAGGCGCCUGAGCCUAGUUAUUUGGAGAGCGCUAUCUCAGGAGGAAAGAGACAAAUUUAAAGAGAAUGGGCCAGUCCAAUAUAUACAGCAUAAAGAAACUUUGCUGGAGGCUUUAGAGAAUUUGGGAUGGCCAGUUUCCUAUGAAGACGUAAAAUUGUUAGAAGAUGAGAUAUUGACAGCAUUAACAUAUAUACAACAAGCCUCUGAUCUUCAAGAAGCUGUCAAAAAGGAAAUUGAGAAAAGCUCAGAGUCACACAUAAGCAAUAAUAAAAAGAGACUUGAAGAAGAAAGUGGAAAGCUGAAGUCUAAGACAAGACAAAAAUGUCAAAUAUUUGUGACUCACAAAAGCCAGAAGGUAAUUGCAAGAUCAGACGUCACAGGAUUUUAUUAUCCAGGAACUGUGAUAAAGAAUAUUAGUUCUGCCUGUGCACUUAUUGACUUCAGCAAUGGGGAGAGCUGUGAUGUCCCUGUCAAGUUCAUUAUACCUGUGGGAGGUGCUAUGCCAUGCCCACAUCUGCAGGUUGGAGAUUAUGUGUUUGCCAGAACUGGGACACGGGCAGAAAAUGAGUGUUAUAUACCUGCCAUUGUCAUAGCAACACCACAGAGGGUGGAGACAGGUGACAAAUUCUACACAGUGCUGCUGUUCAACAACAGGGAGGAACACUGUAUAAGAAGCGAGCUCAUUAAAAUCAGCCAAACCAAGUAUGCCUAUUCCUGUCAGUACAUAAGAAUGGUGCAGACAGCGGAUUAUGAGAACCUGGAUGGUGAGACUACAAAGCCCUGCCCUCGCCCACCUGUGGACGAUGAAGGAGAAGAAAAAGCAAGGAAAAGUAUAGUGAAAGAAAAGAGGAGAAAAAAGAAAAAGAAGAGGACAACAGUAGACAAAAGGCAUCCCAGGGAGAUGAUGUCAGACUUGGAUAAUCUUGUCUUCAGAAGUGAAGUAAAACAGCGAGGAAGAAAUUCACUGUCUAGCAAUAAGGAAGAAUUUAGAUGUAAAGAUGUGGCUCUGGAAAAGUAUAAGGAACUAAGCAAUUGUGAUGGGCCUUUAGCUAUUCCCCACACAAGCAACGGGUUUCUGCAUUUCUGGGUGUUAGCCAAGUGAGCUUUCCUGUGUCCUAUAUGAUAAAAUUCUUUCACCUCCUUUAGAAACUGUUCUUGACACUUUCUCAGCAUGUGUUUUCACAGCAGCAGCAAGAAAUGAAUUAAGUAUGUUCCAGCAUAUGCCACCUUAAUCUCCCUAACAGUUGUAGUAGCAGUGAGGAUGCAGUAACACCAAACCUUAAUACCUGCUUGUAAGCAGAGUAUUUAUUCCAGUCCCUCUACUGUUUGUUCUUUGUUAGAGUAAAGCUAUGUCUGUAUUGUGGGUAUUAAAUUAUUGCAUCUGUAGCUCAAUGCUUCAGAGGUUAAAUUGCUUUUGUUUUAUGAGCUGGCUCAGUUAAAGCUGACAGCAGUACCUGUACUCCCUGUCACUCUGGAGCAGGGACUGGGCUGGUGUAGGCCUGCCAUUACAUGUCUGCCAGCUCUUCAUUUUCAAGAUCCUACUGUCAGUGGAAAGAUAACAGGGUUUUUAUCCAUACUUGCUAGGUGUACCUCCUUGUACCAUUUAAAAUAUGUUUUCAACAGCCUUAUUAUUUAUUUACUUUCAGAAGUGAUGGGUUAUAAAUUCACUCAAACAUCAUGUUUUCAAUCAACUUGAUUUGGCUCAUCUAAAUAUUCCUUCUGUGUUUGCUCUCAUCCUUUAAAGAUCGCCUGCAAAUCCCAUAUACAUUGCUUAUACUGGGUCUUAUGGUGCCCAUUAUACAAUGGGCAUUUUAAGAGUGGCCUGAUCAGAAUUAUAUGAGAGGAGAGGUGUUGGGCUUGUCCAGUGAGAAACCACAGUUUCCAAAGGUGGGGCUACGUUGUUGGAAAUGCUCAGUUAUCCCAGACACUUUCCUCUUGGACAUUUUGAGAUGCAGAUGCUGAGGAAAUGGGAAAUAAUCCUGAUGUGAUCAGCAAGUCCUGUAACUGAUUCCCUGCAGCUUGGAGGAAAGAUUACACAAGAGCAGUGGUUAUCUAUGCAUUUUAAUCCUGCCUAGAUUUAGCAAAUAAUCUCAUAGUAUUCUAACAGGGCUUCAAUGUCAUAUGAAGGUUGAACAUGCUGAAGAGGAUACCUUGUUCUCUUCUUGUGAUACCAUAAAUAUUGAAUAUGGGGGGUUUUUUUCUAAAUUUUUUUUCAUUUACAUAUCCUGUGUUUUUUCAGAAAGGGAAAAGUCAGAGCUGAUAAAGAUGUUAAGUAACACUAUAUGGUCAUCCUCACAUGGUUUCAUUAGAUACUUCUUUAUCCAGCCUCUCUAUGUGACUGUGUAUUUAUCCUCUUUGGGUGUAGAUAGUUGCCCCAAUUUCAUUCCAUGCAAACGUUUCACAGCAUUCUGUGUAAGUUGUAUAAUUUUGUAAGUUAUAUCAAAUUGUGCUACCUGACCUCUGACAUCUUUUUGAACUGUGUUAAUGCUGGAUUUAAUUUUAAAGAUAAAGAGAAUAAAGAAAAAAAAUUUGCCUAGCAUUUUUUUUUCCCUUCUGCUCAACUUCCAAUCAAGUAUGAACUAUUAGUUUACACUUACUGCUUGGCAGUUCAAUAUGUGUUGAGCACCAGUGAGAUUCCCCUGUGCAGGUUAACACUUUUCCUUAGAAGUUGUCAUAUUUGAUUACGUUGAUGUGGAUAGGUGUUAAAUAACAUGGAUGAGGAGUUGGAAAGCCCUGCCAUUCUAAUGAAUUAUUCAGUUAGUCUCUGUGCACCAGGUAUUAAAAAGAUCAGGUAUCUAACAAUGUACUUUGCCUUCAUGGAGUUAUUGUAGUGCUGAAAUAAGGCUCGAUAUUCAAGAGGAGCCUAAACUGCACAAGUGAGGUAAAACACCCUGUUUUCCUCUUCAGACCCCUGUAUCACUCUGAAGUUUCAAAUGUUGCCUUUCAUAUGCUGGACACACCAAUGUUCAUCAGAGUGAUCCCUUUUCGGGUUUUCCUAGUAGUUGCCUUCAUGACUUCAUUUUUUCUGGACUAUUUAUAUCAAAGGCAGAUUUUUUCCAAGUCAGCAUCUCAGAGAAAUGUUUUGAAUAGCUGUGAUAAUAACAAUUUUUGUAGUUAAAUAUCUUUUAGAGGAUCAAGGUUAUGGUUUGAUGUUUUUUUAGGUUUCUAAAAGCAGUCUGUUAAAUCGGUUUUUUUUCUGAAAGAUGUAUAUUCCUCCCAUGUAUUCUUUUCCUUUUAAUAUCAAAUACCUAAAUAAUUUGGAUAUAUUUUAACUUCUGAAAAAGCUCAAUAGUCCUGAUCUGUUUGACUGAAGUAAAAGCAUUUUCUUUAUAUUUAAAUAAACGUUUUUGCUAUGUA